CGCCACGCACCCUGUCAGCAGUUACACACCAGAUGCGAGGGCCAGCCAUGGCUUGUGAUGGUUCUAGUGCUCCCUACGGAAGGCUACUGUUGGGGGACCUGACCUGACAUGGAUGCUGUUCUAGCUGUCCCCAGUGUGUGCACUGCUCACUCAACCUUGUUGGCUCUGUCAAUAUUUUUGGCGAUCCGGUGGGUUUGGAUGUGAUUGUAGCGUGGAGAAGAAAGGGUGGACUCUGGCCAGAUAUCUUGUGAGCAGUACACACACAUAGACAAGGGGAGAGGGUAGUGGUUGUUCAGGCUAAGCGUUGGUUAGCCUAUGCUGGACCUGACCGCUGUCCUGCAAAUGCUGCAGCACUCCUGCUCACUAUUAAACAGCACAGUAUACAUCAAGUAUACACCAAAAAGGUGAAAGGAAGGCUUAAGCUAAACCGGGAUAAUGAGGCACCUCUCAAUCCUUUCGACCUCUCCCAAACCAGUGAAAGUAAAGCAAAUGCUUUUUUUCCUUCUCGUGUCAUUCUUUCUCUUCUCUGCUCAACAUCUAUAAAAGACCAGAUACCCAGUCCCAGCUUGGACGUGACAGAGAUCCCCUUCCCUCUCAUCUCUCCAUCCCUUGAGUGUCUCUGUGGUUUCACCACACGUCGCGGUCCUUGCUGUAAGUGGCUGGGUGGCUAGGCACUCCUCACGUCCAAGGCCUCUGCUGCUGCAGCAUGAUGACACCCCAGCCUGGCAGCUGGAGGCCUGUAAGUGGCAAAUGGCGUUCUUCUGUCCCGUCUCUACCUCUGUCCCUCUGUCUUUGAGUUUGCCUUUCUUCUUUGAGACAACAUGCUUAAUCAAGUAUUAGUCAUUCUGGAUGGUCAUGUCGUUGAGAAAGUGAGUGCCAACAACUGGAACAUAAGUCUUGCAUAACCAGAAGGCCACCACAGUCUAUGUGGCUUCGUCCAUUCUAUGAGAAGUUGACUUGAUGUGGAACCCUGCUUCCUCCUCCUCCUGCAUAUCCGCUGUCCCCCUCUUUUACUUCCUCCCUCUUUUUCCCUCCCAACUCCAAAGCUUCACUAACAUGCUGAAGAACAAGCAGCCUGCUGCAGUUAGCAUUCGAGCCACCAUGCAACAGCAGCAUUUGGCUAGUGCCCGCAAUCGCCGGCUUGCCCAGCAGAUGGAGAACCGGCCCUCGGUGCAAGCAGCUCUGAACCACAAGCAGAGCCUGAAGCAGCGCCUGGGGAAGAGCAACAUCCAGGCCCGGCUGGGCCGGCCUCUCGGGACUCUGAUGCGUGGAGGAGCUGCUGGAGGUAGAGGGGGAAUGCGAGGAAUGACCAGGGGCGCCCUCCGAGGAAGAGCCCGAGGAGGAGUAAUGAGGGGAGCCCUGUCCCUCAGAGGGAAGCGAGUGUCUGCCACAGGGGUCCCGAUGCGAGGUCGUGGUUUCGCUGGCCGUCUCUCAAUGCGUCGAGGAGGCCGCCAUCGCGGAGGACUUCCCGGCAGAGGGGGAGCUCUGUCCAGAGGAGCAGCACGAGGUGGAGUCGCAGUCAGAGGCCGCGGAGGACUGCGUGGGCGCGCUGGUUUCGCCGGUCGAGGUGGUCGUGGCCGCGGACGAGGUCGAGGCGUUGGCCGACAAGCUGUAACCCGUGAACAACUGGACAACCAGCUGGACGCCUACAUGUCGAAGACCAAAGGCCACUUGGAUGCUGAGCUGGACGCCUACAUGGCCCAGGCAGACCCUGACAGUAUGGAGUGAUGCUGGAGGACACUGUACAGCUGAACUUGCCCCACAGUAACGGGCUCAGAAAUGGUCAUGUUUGUAAUUUAGAUGAGCAGUGACAGUCAAGGACUCUUAGCUUUGGAAUGGCAGGAAAUCAAGGUUUCCCUCGCUCGUGCUUCGACCACUACUCUGUUCUACAUCUACCUGCUCGUGCAACAUCCCUUUUUUAAAGCUGGAUUAAAUGUGUGGAGGGACCUUUUUAAACAUCAACAUCAUUUUUUUAUAAUUAUUAUUCUGUCGUUUUAUUUUUAUUAUUUUUUUAAGUAUGACCAGAGAAACUCUUUAAAUGUUUAGGACAGGAUUCUACAAUGGUCAAUGAUCUAGGUAAUGUUAAAACUGAUGUUUAAACGUUGAAACCUAUUUUAAAUCACACCUGUUUCAUUUUACAUGUACUCACAUGUGUGCUGAGAGCUUUGGGGGAUUUAUUCAUUAGCUUGUCUCAGCAACAUUUACAGUACAAAAGCUUUCUAAAAUAUUUGUUGAAGAUGUAAGCAAAGAGUUUCCAUUUGCCAUUGUUUUGUAUCUGAACUAUGUAGUACUUUGACGUAUUUAGUUCCUCUGUAUCUUCCACCCGUUGGCAUCCUGCAGUGAGAAUGCACAUUCUUAACUUGUUCUUGAGAGCAUUUGUAUGAAAAGCAAGUGAAAUAGGUUUUAAUUAAAACUGGAGAGGAUUUCCCUAA